AUGGGUGGGACUAUUUAUGACCUGAAAACAACGCUUACUGGUUAUAAAGCAACUAUCUCUAUCGCUCUCGGGGGCGCCACAUUUCGUCAAGCCACUGUUGCCAGCGCUGUCAUCGACCAGUAUAAGACCAUGAUCGAGGAAGCAACGUCUGAUCUGCAAGAGCAUCUACAAGACAUUGAGGAAAGGUUGCAAUCGCUUGAUCAGCACGGGGGUCCUGUUCAAGAGUCUGAUACUUUUAACUUACGAGACACAAGGGAGGAGAAGGACAGCACUGAGCAAUGCCUGACAAUAUGUACACAUGCUGCGCAAGUCAUUGCACACCUCCAGAAACAGCUUCCGCAACUCCAUUUUAAGGGUGGAAAUCCAUCUAUACAGUUUGGUUCUAGCAAUGAUGAUAUAUCCAGUCAAUCCCAGAACCUGACCAACGCUAUGCUCACUGACUUUAGCGCAAGAGUCUCAUCAAACUCGGCGGCACUCCAGGGCCGUCUGAUGGAGCUGACAAACCGACUGAGACAAAUGUCGGAACAGGGCAUAGUAUAA